CUCUAACUUGUGCUCAAGUCAAAAGUCCAAGGUGAAAUUCCUUACUCAAUCCAUAUCUUUGGCGUCCCUCCGGCGAAACCAACUCAGACAAGACGGGCAGACGGGCACAAGCGCCCGUUUACUGUGAGCAAACUCCACCGCCACAGCAGCGCCCGUCCACGUGGGGCGGGAAUGGCAUCAGUCCUGGUACGAUGAGCAACCGAGCCGUUUCUCGCAAUGGAUGAGGUUCCGCAAGGUGCCAAGCCCGUCGCGAUUAUAAUAAAGCAUGUGCCAUGAACGAGAGUCGUCUAAACAAAUGAGCCUCGUGUGCUUGCUCCCAGUCAGUCUUGGGCCACAACCCCGCAUCCGUUCGCCUCACAUGCAUAAGCAAGCUAUCCUCCCUUGCUCACCAUCCGUUGACCUUCAUGUCUGUGCUCUCUCAUCAAAUCACACAGGUAUAUGCCAUUCUUCUCUCGACAACACCGAGUAGAUAGCAACCCCCUCAUCCCUCACCAUCAACGAAGCAGCACACGCUCAUCCCCCCCUCAACACCAAGCCCCCGUAUGUGAGCCAUGAGUCUCCUCGAGCGGCUCAACCGCGACGGCUUCGUCCUCGUGCCCGGCGCCUUCACCGGCGACGCCCUCGAGACGCUGCGCCGCGCCGCCCACGACGCCACGGCCAACGCCCGCGCCGGCCGCUGGCCCGACGUGCGCACGCUCCCCAAGCAGUUCCCGCCGUGGACCAUCGACGGGCCCAACCCGGCCGCCCACGGCAUCUGGGGCGUCCAGGGCCUCAUGCACCCGGACAUGCCGCACCAGCCCGACUUCGUCCGCGCCUACUUCUCCGACGCCAUCGUCGCCCCGACCCUCGAGCUGCUGCAGUGCCCCCGCGACCACCUCGUCAUGGAGCUCUUCAACCUGCUCGUCCGCCCGGACCGCGACUUCAAGCUCCGCUGGCACCGCGACGACAUCCCCGCCGCCGCCACCGCCGACGAGGAGCUCGACCGCCUCGGCAAGCCCGCCUUCUCCGCCCAGUGGAACCUGGCCCUCUACCGGGACGCCAGCCUCGUCGUCGUCCCGGGCUCUCACCGUCGCGCCCGCACCGACGCCGAGCGCAACGCCGACCCCUAUGAAAAGACCCUGCCCGGCCAGCUCGUCGUCGAGAUGGAGCCCGGCGACGUCGUCUUCUACAACAACAACAUCCUCCACCGCGGUGUGUAUGACUCCAAGGUCGAGCGCAUGACCCUCCACGGUAGCGCCGGCCAUGUCGACGGUGCCAAGCUGCGCGCCAGGAACGUGCUCCAGCAUGGCCUGCGCGACUGGAUCGACCGCCUGACCUUCGAUGCCCUAGAGGGCCCCGAGAGGGAUUUGGCAGAGCAUAUGCGAGCCAACCUCGUCAAGAUGGCACAAGAGGCGGGCGACGUUGGCUUUUCGUUGGAAGGUUGAUUCGGGGUAACGAUGAUGGGCGGGCCGCCGUUCCUCGCGGCUGAGACGAUUCCAUGGCUGUUGCCCGCCCUGAUGUGCAUGUUUUUGAUUGACAUAUCGUCUCGCGACUGGAAAGGCUAGUUACGCGCUUCGAAAUCACGAGUGUCGCCGCUCGCAUCUUCACUACGCGGUACACUUUUCUAUGCGACGCCGGACCCGUAAUGGUUUCGGUGCUUGUAAGCUUGCUGAUUCAACGCCAAAUUGAUGUCCGAUGUUUUGGUAGUACUUGAGACAAAGAAUAGCCCAGGUUCCCAUAUCACUAUCCCACUCCAAUGCUCCAGGCCGAUGAUGAAUCAAAGAAACCACGCGCAUGGAAGAAACACUCGUAGGCAGCUACGCCCUCUUCUGCGACAUCAAAC